UGGGGGCACUAUAGAGUUCUGAGGAUCCAUGGGUAAAUAUGAGGUUGAUUUAACUGCACACACGAAAGGACACCCAUAAUUCAUUGCUAGCUCGAAGUGCUCACCUGCUGUCAAGUCCUGUACCAAAUCAUGCCCAACAGCAGGAGAGAGAAAGAGAGAAAGAGAGAGAGAGAGAGAGAGAGAGAGAGAGAGAGAGAGUUGCAAAACAAAAUCCUAUAAAGUAGAGGAGGGAUCUCUGGAGGCCUGGAAAAAAAAAAAUUAAAAAUUAAAAAAUUAAAAAAGAAAAAACAAACCUUUAACUUAGCAAGACGCUCAGAGAAGAUGGACACAUAAACAUUUAUUGUAUUAUUAUUGGUGUUUCCAGUGAUAAACUUAUUUUUGAAAAACAAACCAUAAUAAAAAAAUUAAAAAAUGAAAUUUGGUGUGUCCAGUAAAAAUCCGGUUUUAAUGUGAUGACACUUCAGAAAAUGUAUAUAAAUGGUCCUGCCUACUUUUUGAACCACACAAUUUUAAUUUAAAACUAUAGAGUAAUGUAUCAGACAUGAGACCAAACUGUGUAAUGUGGACAUUCUUCUAUAAUCUCAAAUAUGUAAGCGAGUUUUAUUGCGAAACAGUUUGUAAAGCGUUUAACUCGGGCCUCAGCGCCACUAAAAGACACGAACCCUCCUGUUUAAAACCAGAAAAGCUGCAGAAUAUUAAAAAAAAAAAAAAAAAAGCUGCGGUUUCUUUAAGACAUCCGAGCAAAACAACUGUCCUGCCGGGGAGGGAGGGAGGGAGAGAGGGAGAGGGAGGGAGUGGAGGGAGGUUUGGCUGGAUGACCGAAUGGCAGCUUUUACGCAGAGGGUUGUCUCACCUGCUGAAACGCACUUCACCAUUCAGCACAACAGAGCCAUCUUUCGCUCUCACCUCCAAUUAAUAUCCAGCCUGCGAGGUCAGCGCUUCCUUUUCGCCUCUUCGGGUUUUUGUUUUGUUUUGUCUGCUGCUUUAUUUUGAUGCAACGAGCUCGGGUAUCCUACCAUGCUCCCUGCGUAUGGAUCGUCUCUGCCAGAGUAGGCGAACAAAGCGCAUCGAGCCCCUCCAGAGAACUGCCUCCCCUCCAAAAAACAAUCACGGAUUUUUGUCUGUAAGUACUCAGGAUAACCACUCUGCGUCUUCGGCUGCGUUUUCUUCUUGUUAGGCUUCCUUGUGUCUAGUUCGCGGGGAGAGAGCACGCUGUUAAAGAUGGAUCCGCUCUUUCUUUGCCCGACGGAUAGGCACUUAAUUUAGGGAACACUCGACCCCGCUGUUGGACAGAAAUAAUGGCAAGAUUUUGGAUAGCGCCGGACACGUUAUUGGUUUCCUGGGAGUAGAACAGGCCUGUGUCGAUGCUUGAAAACAAAAAACAGUCCAGUACUGCUGUAAACACACAAACAUUUCUUUCUUCAAAGGCGUGAAUUACCAGAUGACAAAAACACAUCCCUGUUCUGAUAAAACACACUGACAAACACAUAAACCGAUAAAACUAUGGAGCACACCGGGAUCGAGGAGGUGAACCAGACGCACCAGCAGCAGCAUGAGCCCAUCAGCUUCGGGAUCGACCAAAUCCUGAACAGCUCGGACCAGUCCAGCGGCUGCAUGCUGCCCAACCGGACCGGCGACCCGGAUUACGCGCUGGCCUCCAACGUCUACAGCAACGGGUACAACAGCGUCUACAACCCGGCCUGCUCCAUGGCGGCGGCGGCAGGACUGGCCGGCUCCUACAACGUCAACAUGAACAUGAACGUCAGUAUGAACAUGAACAUGAACGUUAACGUGAACUCAGGAGGCGCCGGUGGCGUGAUCCGGGUGCCGGCGCACAGACCCAUGCCACCUCCGCCGCCACCGCCCGCCGCCGCUGCGCCGCAUCCGCCCCCUUCGACGCAUCCGCCGGGCAUCGGACCGGGCAUCCCCUCGGUGCCCGGGAUGGGGAUGGGGAAUGCGGCAAACUUCACCUUCCCGUGGAUGGAGAGCAGUAGGAGGUUUGCCAAAGACAGACUAACAGGGGAGCAGGCAGAGGAGAGCCGAGCUGGAGAGGCCACAGGGGGCCCGGGGGCCGCCGGGUCCCUCUGUCCUCUCCCCAAGGGAGACAUCGGCAGGGUCCCUGUCUGGAGCACUGUGGAGACAUUAGCCAAAUGCUAUUACCCCGAGCUCGCUCACCUGCGAGACGGCAAUGGCCUUCUAGCAGACUAUCCUUUCCCAAAGGGGGGUUGCCCAGCAGCCCUCUCACCCUUCUCUGUGACCCGUCGUAUCGGCCACCCUUAUCAAAACCGGACGCCGCCCAAGAGGAAAAAGCCUCGCACCUCCUUUAGCCGGGUGCAGAUCUGCGAGCUGGAGAAACGAUUUCACCGACAGAAAUACCUGGCGUCGGCCGAGCGCGCCACCUUGGCCAAGGCCCUGAAGAUGACAGAUGCACAAGUCAAGACCUGGUUUCAGAACAGACGGACAAAAUGGCGGAGACAGACUGCGGAGGAGAGAGAGGCAGAGAGGCAACAGGCCAACCGGCUGAUGCUGCAGCUUCAGCAGGAAGCUUUCCAGAAGACAUUGAGCCAGCCUCUGCAGCCGGACCCACUCUGCCUGCACAACUCCUCCCUCUACGCCCUGCAGAACCUGCAGCCCUGGGCAGAAGACAAUAAGCUGUCGGUCUAAAAGAGAGGAGGGCACUUUAUCCCUAAGUGCCAGGAAACAAAUGGACACCUCUGUACAUGCCCAACUAUCAAGACUGUCCCCUCUUUUGCCUCUGGAUCCCUCACGAGGCGGCAGAGACUGUCUGCCACAAAUGGCAAAAAAAAAAGACCUCCUGUUUUUCGCUUUUGACUUUGUACAAUGUAGUAAAUGCAUGUUUCAACCCUUUUCUGUGUGCACUCGGAAGUACCAUUGAAGUCAGCUGCCGUCGAGGUGGAGCUCCUCCCCGACCGCAGCAUUCAAGUGGUAGUGGAUUGGAGGAACUCCUGAUCACGGAUUCCUCAUUAUGUUCAAUUUAAAGGUGUUUUAUAUUAAAUGAUAUUGUGACUUUUUGA